AUGUCAUCGGAUCACGUGUUGUCUUUAAUCCUUCGUUGGUCUGUAUUCGGAACAUUUUUUGGUCAUGGAUGUUUAGCUGUUCGUUUCGUGCCAGGAUGGUUGCCAUAUCUUCGGGUAGUUGGCAUUGGUCAUGAAUGGGCUCGUCGUUUUAUGCCAAUUAUUGGUCUUUUGGAUGUUAUAAUUGGUUUUAUAUACUUGUUUACAGAUUCUUGUCCUUUAAUUCAUUGUUGGGCAUUUGUCUGGGGUUUAAGUACAGCAGUGAUACGUCCACUUUCUGGUGAAUCAAUUUUCGGAUGUAUUGAACGAACAGGAAAUUUUUUACCAGCCUUAGCUUUACUUUGGCUCUGUAGUGGUCAACAUUUUGGUUAUUAUCUUUUUGUAUGCGUUGGUAUGAUAGGUGCACUUGCAAUAUCUGGACUUAUCUUUAAAAUGACUGGCAUAUUUAAUAAAUAA